CUCACCAACCAAGCCAGUGUGAGGCAACCCUGGUCUUGGUUGGACGUCUAAGAAGGGACGUCUGAAAAACGCUAUGGGGCUUUUGUCAGAGGGCACACCGCUCUCCUGGCCCGAGACCAAAAAGCAUGCUGACCACGUGCGGGAACAUGGCAUCAAACAGUUCAUCAACCAAUUUCAUCAGCUGAAGGGUCGCCAGGGAGACUGUCUGAAAUGGGGUGAUGAGAUCGAGUACAUGAUUAUCAAGCUUGACCACAAGAACAGGAAGGCGAGACUGAGCUUGCGCGGAUCCGAACUGCUCGAGGUUCUCCGUGAAGCCGAGGAAACCAACCCCAAGGAAGUGAGGUCUCUCUGGCGACCUGAAUAUGCAGAAUACAUGGUGGAGGGCACGCCUGGGCAUCCCUACGGCUCCCUCGUGCAACACUUCAACAUCGUCGAACACAACAUGAGUUUCCGGAGGAGCGAAGUGCAGAGUCUCUUGCAGCCCGACGAAGUGGUGCUCUCCCUGACGAAUUUCUUCAGGCUGGGUUGCGAGGACUUCACUUACCCCCCUUCGAGGCCCAACCCCACGUCAGGGGCGUCGCGCUCCUUGUUCUUCUCCGAGGCAGCGAUCACCCAGAGCCACCCGCGCUUCGCCACGCUCACCAGGAACAUUCGCGAGCGCAGGGGGGAGAAGGUGGCCAUCAAUGUUCCCAUUUACAAAGACCUGAAAACACCUCGUCCCUUCGUUGAAGACCUGACUCAGUAUGGAGAUGAUGGGAGCUCGGCAGCAGCAGCUAAAGAAGACCACGUCUAUAUGGAUGCCAUGGGCUUUGGGAUGGGCUGCUCAUGUCUGCAAAUGACCUUCCAGGCUUGCAACAUAAGAGAGGCUCGGGUUCUGUAUGACCACCUCACCCCGCUCUGCCCAGUCAUGCUUGCACUCACUGCUGCCACCCCAAUCUACCGUGGCUACCUGACAGACGUGGACUGCAGAUGGGAUGUUAUUUCAAGUUCUGUGGACUGUCGAACACGUGAAGAACGAGGCCUAGAGCCCCUCAGGAAUGACAGAUUUGUAAUACCGAAGUCCCGCUAUGAUUCCGUGGAUUGUUACCUGUCUGAAUGUGGUGCAAGAUACAAUGAUAUUCCCCUUGUAUAUGAUAAACAAAUAUAUGAUCAACUCAUCGACAGUAAAAUUGACGAGUUUAUGGCCCAACAUGUGGCCCAUCUUUUUAUUCGGGAUUCUAUCUCUCUCUUCUCGGAAAAGAUCCAUCAAGAUGAUGAGAAGGAAAUGGAUCAUUUCGAGAACAUCCAGAGUACUAACUGGCAGACGAUGCGAUUCAAGCUGCCACCUGUGAACAGUAACAUUGGAUGGCGAGUUGAAUUCCGACCCUGUGAAGUACAAUUAACGGACUUUGAAAACGCUGCCUUUGGAGUGUUCAUCGUGCUCUUGACACGUGCAAUACUCACCUUUAAACUAAAUAUGCUUAUUCCUAUCUCUAAGGUUGAUGAAAAUAUGAAAAAUUGCCAGAAGCGUAAUGCUGUUCUGGAUGAAAAGUUAUGGUUUAGAAGGGAUCUCUUCUCUCGAGACUGUGACAAGGGAGAUGAUGCUAGUCUGAUGACCGUCAAUGAAAUCAUCAAUGGAAAGGGUGAAGAAUUUGUCGGUCUCAUUCCCCUGGUGAGGCAGUACCUAGGUGCUCUAGACAUGGAUGCAGAUACCGCCUGUACCACUGGCCAGUACCUCAAUUUUAUUAGUGCUAGAGCUGCUGGUACAGCCAUGACUACUGCUGCCUGGUUGAGGAGCUUUGUCACAUCACAUCCUGAAUAUAAGCAAGACUCUGUUGUAAGUGAUGGGAUUGCAUAUGACCUCAUUAUUGCUGCCAGUGAAAUCACUCAAGGAAAGCGCGAGUGCAAGGAACUGCUCGGUGGGACACCCAAAACCAGAACAUCUGAGGACAUCCCCAAAGCCAUGAAGAAAAUCAUACAGAUGACCUGCAUACCUCCACGCAAUGCCGAGUAAAUCGUAAGACUUGUUGAUGCAUUAGGGAUAAAGGAUGCCCGAGGGAACACAUAUCUUUAUGUCAUAUCACCUUUUCACGAUAGCUUGUAUGGCAUCACUACAUUGAGACUGCAGUAUCAUCAUUACUGUACAUUGCUUUUUGUGAGUGAUGAUGGGGAGGUAGAUCUAAUAUCAUAAUAUGAUAAAAUUGCCAGAAACAAAAAUAAAUUUGGAAAAAUUGAUUAGACUGAAUUUUUCAAACAAGCAGAUUUUGUGCAUUUCAUGAACAUGUAUUUGAUGCCUGUAGUGGGACCAGGUUAUUCCAUUAUGAUACAAGAUUGUUGUUCCUAGGAACCAGAAAAGGAUGAUAUAUCUUGAAAAACAUCAGUUUUAGCAUAAUUAAAAAUAGUUUACAGUUGACUGAAUUGUGGAUUAUGUCCAGCAGUUUAUGUCAUUCUUCUAAAUCUAAGGAAAAUUUCACACUUAAUUAUCUAUUUGAAUUUGAAAAACAUAGAUAUAUAUAUAUAUAUAUAUAUAUAUAUUAUAUAUAUAUAUAUAUAUAUGUAUAUGUAUAUAUAUGUAUAUAUAUGAUAAUAUAUAUGAAAUAUAUAUGUAUAUAUAUGUAUAUAUAUGUAUAUAUAUGUAUAUAUAUGUGUAUAUAUAUAUAUAUAUAUAUAUAUAUAUAUAUAUAUAUAUAUAUAUAUAUAUAUAUAUAUAUAUAUAUAUAUAUAUAUAUAUAUAUAUAUAUAUAUAUAUUAAUAUAUGUAUCUUAGAAGAUAGUCAAGUUCAUUCCAAGCAGAGGAUCAUAGCUAUCUUGUAAUGAUUACUAGUAUAAAAUUUGUAGACUAAUAUGACCGAAGAAUUCUUGCAUUUUAUGAUCGUACUGUGUAAAAUAUGUUCAAACUAAAUUAAAGGUAAAAGCAAAAAAAAAAAAAAAAUACAAAACAAAAAAAGCCAUGAGAUUUUUGGAUGAUCUUGAAUAACUAGUAACAGAAAAGCAGUUUACAAUUGAAGAAUUCAGUUCUGUUUAAAAUUCACAAGUGUCUUGUACUGAUCAGAGUGUGACAUGUAGGUUGAAGUCAGAAUUAAAGAAUCUUAAAAAAUUGUGAUGGGAACAUAUAAUUUGUCAGUUUGUUUAUGAAACACUGAAUAUUAGGCAUACUUUAUUAUCCAUGGUACAUAAUAAAUAAAAGAAUGCAGGAAGUAAUACUGCUUAAUAUGCUUAACUGUUCAGAUGAUACUGAAAGUCUUGAUGACGAGUUAUUUAAAAACAUUUAAUGUGCAUAUGUCAGACAAGCAUUCAAACUUGGAUGUUUUAUGAAUAAGAAAUGUUGUUAAAAAUGGUAAUGGGCAGAAUUUAUAACUAUAGUUGACUGUGGAUUAAUUAUCUACAAUAUUGGAGUAUUGGUUUGAUUUUUUAAGAUAAAAUAAAAUGUCAGCUAUAAUUUGGGACGCUGACAGCAAUUCAUUGCCAUGUUUUAAUGUAUUUCUGUAUGCAGAUAUUUGCACUUGUUAAUGUCAUCAGAUCCCUGAUGGAAGAUGACAGUAACAUACUGAUUUUAUAGGAUUCAGCAAUAUGAGAAAAAUAGUAAUUAAAUAAAACAAAGGGAUAUCAACGAAUGUUCACGAUGAUUAUUAAGAAGCCACUUUAAAUGAAUUCAGUCACUGCAAACAGUAAAGGAACCAUAUGACUUUUUGUCAUGUCACCUAUCACUAUUAAUAGUGAAUCCAUUCCUCUUUCUAGUAGACUGAUAUCUAGCAACUAGUGGAUUUCAGUAUAUCACUCUAACAGUUUAUAAAUCAAUGUAAAUGAACAGAUCAGAACAAAUUAUUUCUGUGUCAGAUAACCAUUCAUUUUGCUAAUAGAAAAUUUUAUUGUUUCCUUUUCUUUUACAUAUAAACCUUAGCAUAUUGUUCUGGAAAUUCCAUGCUGCAAAAAGUCUGAUUUGCAUUUAUGACACUAAAUACAGAAUUACAAAUUGUUGUCAUUGGGAUUAACAGUGAAUUCUUUUCCCAUACAUUUUAUUUCCCUUCUGUAAAGCAGUUUUUCUUGUUUAUUUUUCUAUUUAUGUUUUUUUUUCUUUCUUUCUUUUUUUCAAUACAACAGUUACAGGUAUUAAAAGCAAGCUUGAUGUGAUACAUGUGUCAAGUGAAAUGAUAAAAUAAUAAUGGUACAUUUGAACUCUUUAUGUGCACAAUAAUCCAAAUUACUGAAGGGAAAGUAAGUAUUAUCUCCUAUGGAGAGUUGCAAUGGAAUCAUUUCUUGCAAGUCUGAGAAAACAGACAAAGAUAGGACAAUCAGGGUUAUCUCGAUGAUUACAUGAUUUUCAGUCUUGUGAUUUCUGUAUUGCACUUCACGUUUUUGGUUUUGUGUAACCUAAUGGGUCCAUUAAUGGGUAAUGAGUUGUAAUUACAAGGAAUAAUUCCCAUUUUGUAGUUAUUUAAAUAUGUUAUGUUCAUAUUCAUCAUUAGGCAUGUGAAAGUGACAGAUAAUAUAUAAAAUCACCAAUAUACAUUUGCAAACAGAGAAAAACAGUUUUGCAUAGGUUGGUGUUUUUAUAAUUUUUGUAAAGUUGUGUUGUGAGAUUUUUAUAAUUCACCUUUUUAGUGCAAAUGACCAGCCUCCUGGUUAACAUGAAAUAUUAUGGAGAAAUUACCCUGCGAAUUUCAGCCUUAACAGAUUUGUAAUCAAAUAAAUUGUUUGUGUAUCUGAUUAAAGAGAAUUAUAAACCUGUUGUUUGACUAGAUGCAACCAUUGCUUAUUACUCAGAGUUUUUUCCCUUUUCAAAAAAAAAAAUAGAAUAAGAAUGAGAUGGUCUUUUUGUGUAUGUGUGUACAAUUUGUGUAUUUGUGUUCAUUUCCUGCCAUUACAUGCAAUCACCAAUGCAUAUACACAACAUAUGACUAUGAGAAUUCCAAGCAUAGUACCAUGAUUUAAUUCACUAACUUGUGCCUCAAAAAUGACAGCAAGAAAAUCAGUCCUACAAACACACACACACACAACACACACACACACACACACACACACACACACACACACACACACACACACACACACACACACACACACACACACACACAUGCACACACGCACAUACAUUCAUUUACAUGUACUCAACAUCAUAGAUUUGUUUGAUGUCCUCUUUUUGAUUCUUUGUUCAAAAUAAAGAAUAUUUAAAUCGUAAAUGAUCUAGUAUGAAGAUAGGACAUAAUUUGACAUUAAUAUUACAGACUAGUUAAGGUGUAUUAGGGACAUAAUAUUUAAAAAAUAGCAUCAUCUGAGCAACAAUGAGUGCUGUCCAACCCAAUACUUAUGUUUAGCAUUGCUACAGGCGAGGUGUCUGGAUAGGUCAAAAAUGUGAUUUAUUGGGAAAGUUAGUUAAUGCUGAUUAAGAUUAGCCAUUGAGCAUCAGGAGAGAAUAAUCAUGACUGAAAAAGUUAAAUGUUCAAAUUGCACCAAGUGUCUCGUAAGUCAUCAAUUUCAUAUAUGUUUGACGAAUUUCCAGACACAGUUUACUGCCUGUGUGUCUUACUUUUAAAGAAGGUAUGCCAUUGGUCACCCUGUAUGAAACUUGCUGAUGUUUAGCAAGAUUUAACCCAUGUAUCAUAUAAAAUCAUACCUAAUGGAAUUGAUUUCCAGAUAAAAAAGGCAACACCCAUAUUGAUAAUGGUAGCUGUUUAUUAAAGAUGCAGCUUACA